AUGGCCAACAUCACCGUCCACCACCUGCAAGUCUCCCAGUCGGAGCGCAUCCCCUGGCUCCUCGAGGAGCUCGGCCUCCCCUACGAGCUGCGCACCUACAAGCGCGCGCCCCUCCUCGCGCCCCCCGAGUACAAGGCGCUGCACCCCGGCGGCGCCGCCCCCGUCAUCCGCAUCCACGGCGAUGCCGACCUGACCCUCGCCGAGUCCGGCGCCUGCGUCGAGUACCUCGCGCGGCGCCACGGCCGCGAUCACCGCCUCUUCGUCGAGCCGGACGACCCCGCCUACGCCGACUUUUUGUACUGGUGGCACUGGAGCAACGGCACCUUCCAGCCGGCCGUCGCCCGCGCCAUGUACGCCCGCGACCUCCCGGAGGGCAGCAGGAUACGAGAGGUCUCCAAGGAGAGGCUGGGUCGCGCGCUGGAUGCGCUGGGGAAGCAGCUGGGGAGGGCGGGCGGGUACCUGGUCGGCCCGGAGCUGUCGGCGGCGGACAUCAUGGUCGUCUUCUCGCUCACCACGAUGCGCUACUUUUCGCCGUAUAGCCUGGGCGAGCAUCCGAAUAUCCUCAAGUACUUGGGGCGCAUCAGCAAGAGGGAGGCGUAUCGCACCGCGAUGGCCAAGUCGGACCCGGACAUGGAACUGGCGCUCAGUGCUGAGCCGCCCAAGCCUCUGCAUUAG